AUGAUAAGGAAAAUUCCCCAAAACUUACAUAUAUCUCCCACAAUUAAUGAUAUAUGUAAGGGUCUAUGGAUUGAGCAUAUGAUUAAAAAAACACACAUUCACAGUCUAAGUAAGAUAAACUAUUCCUUUGUUCAAAAAAAAAAAAAUAUUAUUAACAAGAACAUAUAUAAUAUGACAUGUGCAGAAUUAUACAGAUAUAGCUGCUUAUUAAAAAAUGAGAAUAUUAACAACAUAACUAUUUAUAAACAAAUUAACAAAAGAGUUGAAAUGAUAUAUAAAUUCCUUACACCAUCAAAAAUAGUAUUAUUAAUUAAAUUAUAUUUAGAAAAUAUAAAUCUUAAUGCAUAUAAAAAUACAUUUAAUUGUCUUAUAGAAACAGCUAUACAAAAAUUAACUCAAUUUAAUUUAGAGGAAAUAGUCAAAUUAUAUAGUAUUAUUGGAAAUGUCGAAAAUAAUGAAAUGAUUGUUUAUUUAUUAAAAUACUUUAAUAAUCAUUUAAUUAAGCAUUACACAUUUGUAGAUAUUAAAUCUUUUUCAAUUAUAUUGAAUGCACAUGCAAAAUUAAAAGUCAAAGAUAUGAAAUUAAUAAACAAAUUUCUACAAAUUAUUAUACAAAAUAAUUUAUCUUUUGACAUUAUUAAUUAUUCUAUUUUUUUUAAUGCCUUUUAUAAACUAAAAAUAACAGAUAAUGAAUAUGUUACACAAAUUGUUAAUAUGCUUUUAAAAGAAAUCGACAAUUCUAAGCAACAUCAACAUAAUACUUCCCUACAAAAUGAUCAAAAAAGUAAUAACAUAAAAGAUAUAUUUGUUAAUUAUUACCCACACCAUAUUUGUAAUAUUCUACUUUAUUUUAAUAUUUAUGAUAUAAACAAAAUUGAUAAUAGUACUAAUAAUCUUAGCUUAGAAAAUGAAGGAAAUAAAAAUGGGGAAAUUGAAACUGAAGAUCCUAAUAUCCAUUGCAAAAAUAAUGGAUAUAUUUCAUUUUUACUUGAUUUAUUAAUUAAAAAAAAAAAUUUAAUUAAAUGUGAAGAAAUUUUAAUGAUAUGCCAAAUUUUCAAGUCACUAAAAAUAAAAAACGACAUAUUAAUAAACCAUAUAGAAAAUGAAUUAUUGAAAUAUUUUAAUCAGUAUGCAAAAGAAAAAAAGCAUAAUCAUAAUAAAGAUAAUAAUACAAAGGAAUAUAAUUUUGGCCUAUUCCCCAAGGAUAAUAAUAAUGCCCUUGUAAAAAUAUUAUUUGAUAUGUGUACUUUUUAUAAUGAUAUAAAUAUUUAUACACAUAGUAUACAAUAUUUUCGCUAUAAACAAAAAUUAGACUAUUAUUCUUCUCUUUUAUUGCUAUAUGUAUAUUCAGAAAUCAAUUUAUUAAAUCAUGAUGUUACUACAUUUUUAAUUAAUAUUAUAAAAAAAAAUUAUUUUUACAAUUUUAGUUUGGAAAAUAGCUUUCUUUUAAUUAGAUCAUUUUACAAAAUUUUAUUAAACAAUCAAAAUUAUUAUCCCUAUUUAAACCAGCAAAAAGAGGAGAUAACAAAAAAUGCACAAUUACCCGAGGAAAAUACACAAAAAAAUGAUCAACCAACUAUUUUUAAAACAUCAAAACAAACAGAAGAAAUAGCCAUUCCCCAAAACAACGGUUAUAAUAAUUCGAUAAACAUUUCAUUAUAUUUAAAAAACAUUUUCUAUAAAAUAGAUAACUUAUCUGAUAAAGUAUUCAUAUAUUUAGAAAAUGAAUUGUUUGACAAAAAAGAUAAAAAUAAAAUAAUACACAUAAACGAAUAUAACAUAAUAUUUAUGUGUAAGAUAUUGUAUUAUUGUGCAUUCCUUAGAAGAUAUUCGUUUCUCAACAAAAUUAUCCCUUUUUUUAUUAACAAGGAAAAUGAAAUUACCGAUUUUAAAAAUAUAUUAAACAUUUUAUAUGCUUAUUCUUAUAUCAAAAAAAAUAUAUAUCAUAUUAAUAUUAACAACUUAAAUCUUAUACAAGCCAAUAGUGAAUAUAUAAAAAAUACAUAUAUAUGUUAUACAAAUGAUAUAGGAAAAAUUGUAGAUAACUAUAAUUUUAUUAUAAAUAAACGAAAUUACAAUAAACAAAUCAAAAAUAUGAUUUAUUUUUAUUUUAUUCAAUCCAAAUUUAAUGAUUAUCGUUAUGUAAAUAUAGAUAAUGUAUAUCAGUGGCUUGAAUCAUCUUUUUUAAAUAUACAUUUGUUGUCGAUAUUGCUUAAUAUAUCUCUUGCCAAAGAAUUAAACUUGAUAACACGAUUCCACAAAAGGAUAGAAGAAAAUGGCAUUGAAAAUAAAUCUAUUGAAGAAAUCGAUGAAAACAUAAAAAAUGAUAACAGCAUUGAUAUAGCCAAACACACACACAUGAACGAGGAACAAACAAAUAGCGAUGACAUUAUAGUAAUGAAAAUAGAUAGAUUGAAUUUUAUAAAAAUGUAUCAUAAAAUUUUCACCGAAAUUAAUAAACUUAUUUUAAAUUGUAAAAAUAUAUAUGAUAUAACAAGAAUUUUUAAUUCUUCAUUUAUUAUACUAAACUAUCUUGAAAAACUAAAAUCAGAACAAAAGUUAAAUGACGAUGACAUAAAAAUAGAAAGAAACAUACACACAGUAUUGAAAAAAAUUGAAAAAAAUAUUAUACAAAAUUAUAAUUUAUAUGAGAAAGAAUUUAUAAUAUUAUUAACAGCUAUCUGUAUAUAUAACAACAAUUAUUCAUACAUUCCAUUCGCUUUAUUUUAUACAUAUUUCAACAAAUUUGUUUUUAAAAAUAAUAUUUCUUACUUAAUUUUAUUAAGUAAUGACGAAGAAAUUAAAUAUUUAUCAAAUGAAUGUUUAUUUAUAAGUGGUUAUAAGGAUAACUAUUCCGAUUCCAAUCAAUCUACACACCUAAAUAAUAUAUCUCAUUCCUUUAAAAAUAAGGAAAAUAUAGAAAAUUUUUAUAAUUUUCAUUUGUCAAACAUUAUAAGCAACAUCAACAUUGCUUGUAAUAAUAGUCAAAUAUAUCAAAAUAUCAAAGUUAAUAAUACAGUAAAUCAAUUUGAUACAUAUAAUAUAAGUCAAAUUAUUAGCAUAUACAAACUAAUGGUAAGCAAUAAUGAAUUGCUAACAUGUAACGACUUUUUUAAAAAAAUUAAAGAUAAUUAUUUCGAGUCUAUAGAAAAUAAUUUCAAGAUAUUGGAAAGUUUAUCUUUAUACGAUUUAAAUCAAUUAUGUUUAUACGUUUUAAAAAAAAAUGCCUCAAAUUUAUCCCUUUUUAAAUAUACUAUUAAAAAAAAUUAUGAACAUAUUCAGUCAAAAAAAAAUAAUUUAUUAAAAUAUGAUUAUAUUAUUUCUAUAUUAAACAUCUCUAUUAAAUUAAAGAAGUAUAACUUGUUUAUUAACAAUUCUAUUAUAAUUGAUAUGAUUUUAAAAAACUCCAAAGAAUUUGAUACAUUACAAAAAAUUAAUUCUCUUUUGGAAUAUUUGGUACAAAUACAAGAAAAAAAUAUUUAUGACAAUGUAAUAGCAAAUGAUCAAUUAUUUCAAUAUUUUACUAAUGUCUAUUUUAAUUACUUUUUGAACAAUCGAAUUAUUGAUUUAAAUAAUGUAGUUUAUUUUUUAUAUCUAUUAACAACUUUUAAUAAACCAGAAAUAUUUUAUUAUAUGUUCCAAGUUUUUUAUUAUAAAUUUUUUAAAUUAAACAAAAUAUUAAUUUCACAAAAAAAAAAAUAUCAAUUUCCAACAAGCUUAAAUAAUCCAUUCUAUAUUAUUAAAAAUAUAUAUUCUCUCAAUCAUCAGGAUAAUACACAUGAUCCUACUAUCUAUUUAAGUAGCAACCAAAAUGAUGAAUAUGUCAUAGAUUUAAGUAACAAUACUAUAAAUACAGAUAUUAAUAAUAUAGAAAAUGUAGUAAACCCAUCCAAGAAUAAACUAACACACACUGAUGAAAGAGAUAGCUUUACUGAAAAAUACACACAGCUAAAGGGGACAAAAAAUGAUGGGAAUUAUACUCAAAAUAAGCAAAACGAAGAUAGUUUGAACCUAAAGUUUGUAGUACAAAAAAUAAUUGAAAAUGAUGAACAUGAUGUAAUAUAUAUAAAUGAUCAUUCUUUUGUAACAUUAUACUUUUUGUUAAACUUAAAUAAAAAUGAAAAAUAUAUAAAUAAUAUAGAAUUAUAUUCUUUCUUAUUUUCAAUUUUUAAAAACAAUAUAUAUAUGAUAAAUAAAGAAGUUGCAAUCCAAUGCUUAUAUAUCUAUUUAUAUUCACAAAUCAAUGAACAGCUAACUGACCAAUUAACAGAACAAUAUAUCUAUUUUGAAAAUAUCAAUAAUCCAUUUAAUGAUCAAAUAAAAUAUAUAUUAAAUAUUUUGAUAACAUUUAUUCAUAAUUUAGAUAUUGGCUCAAUUUUAAAGUUGGCAUUUUUUUAUAUCAAUGUAUUUUUUAAUGAAGACAAACACAAAAGAACAAACUAUCGAAUCAAUGAAAAUAUUAAAAUUAUUUUUGAUCAUAUUAACAAAAAAAAAAACAUAAUAGAAAAAAAUAAUAUUCUUUAUGAACAGGUAAAGAAGGCCGAAGCCAUUCUCCAUUCCUAA